AUGAUUAUUAUAAUAACUUCCGGACUUAGUCCAACAAUUUUGCCUACCGUGACAAGUGAAAAGAAAACCCAAACGCGCGCGGCAGACCUGAAGGAUUUCUCGUUUAGGCUCUUUAUUGUGUGUGCCUGUCUUGCCUGGAGUAACUUACGGUGGCUACCAUCGGUGCUUCUUCUAAUGCUCGUCUGGGGCGUACUUGGAGGUGUCCCGGCGCCGCGCAUUCAAGCUUGUUAA